AUGCCAAGUUUCCUAAAGUCCCUAUUCAAGCCUUCUCAUUCUCCUCCACGAGCUCGUUACCCUGCUGAACCUUCCUCUUCUUACGAGGUACCCUCACCUGAAAGAAGAUUAUCAUCUCUACCUCCCGAAGACCUACAUACAUUAGCUGAUCAACUUCGAACUGAAUUACGAUCGAACGCCUCAGAGAAAGGUUCAUCCAUUGAUAGAGAUACGGUAUCUACUUUACUUUCGUCUUUGAGAAGUGGCAAAAAUCAUAGUCGAACAGGGAGUGAGAGAAGUAUGAGAAGGUUAAUGAGGGUUUUGGAGGAGAUCGAGGCUGAGGAUCAAAAGGAGAAGGAGGAUGAGAGAAUAACCAUUGAAUCAAACAAGGCGAAAGGGAGUAUCAGCUCUGUUGCCCUCAAUCAGGCUUAUCAUGAUGACAAUGAUUCUUCUAUACACAUAGGAGAAAGUGAUCGAGCUCAAAAUCGCCUAAGAAAAGGGAAAUUCAAAGCUCAUUCAACUAGAUAUACUGAUCCAAUGACACAAGAUGGGAAAUUGCUUAAACCAGUUAUCAAAAUAUGUUCAACUGCUAUUAGAUCAGGCGAGAAGCUUGUUAAUUCUGAUUUGGGUCAAGGAUCUAAUUUCCAUCUGCUUGGGCGGAUAAUGGCUUUACUUGAAGCUCAAAAAGAUGAAUUGGUCGAUAUCGCUCCUUACACCGGAAGACGAAGGUAUCCCGCUUUGAUUACUCUCGAGCAGAUUUAUGAAAAGGUACAAUCUGGGUUAAGGGAUAUUCAAGGCAUGUCCGAAGAGAAAAUGAGAGAUGAUAUGAUGAAUGUAGUCGAAGUUCUGCAAGAAGGCCCAGACUACCUGAUUGAUAUAAUCCUCAUAACUUCGAUAAUUCACCAAGCUUCGAUAAUAUCAAUUCCGUUUUCUAAUGAAAUUCGAUCGAUACUAGAUAAAGCAAUAGAUGAACAGGGUGAUUUGAAUACGUUUAGAAAAGCGGGAGAGAGUAUUAUAGCUAUCGCUAGUGCAUUAGAUAGGGAUUUACUGGAGGAUAAAGAAUCUGAAGAAGCUUACAAAAGAAUUGGAGUAUUGGUCAAGCAACUUCAAGUGAGAGGUUCGACUUCUGCUCUUCCUACUCCGUACGGAUCUCGACAAGGUUCAUUCUCAUUAUCGUCUACCCCUACACCAUUAACAAUACCUGGAACUCCACUUGAUUCACCUGGAGGAUCUGUGUCUUCGAGCGGAAGUCUCCAUUCACCUCGAUAUGCAUCCAUGACUCCGUCUGAUCUUCAAAAGAAUUACGGUACGGGGGUUUCUACACCUACUUCUGGUGGUUUACCUGGUGUAUCGUCCUUUCAGCCUACUCCAGCUGUUUCAGCACAGCGUUCCGCGCUUCAAUCCCCCUCACCGGCAUCCCCAACUGGAUCUUCAGAUGAUGAUGAGGAGAUAUGGGAAUAUAGAGGACAGCUAUUGACUCGAUCAGCAUUAGAUCUAGUAUUGAGACAAGAAGCUUUAGCACAAGCUGAUUCAUCAGGUCAAUAUGCAGGAGACGUAUCAUGGGAUGAUUUGAGAAAUUGUUGGAUACCUAAAUAUGUCAAGAAAUUGAAAAUCACAGAUCUCGCAAAAGACGAAUUACCAGAUACUUCUCCUGCUGGAUUUCAACUCAAAGAUGAAGAUGAAUGGGGCAAUAAAAUCGGUUGGUAUGGCGAAUUUAAAGAAAUGUAUUAUAAAGAAGAUCCUAAAUGGGAAUUACCUGACGACGAUUAG